GCGGGCACCGAGUCGUCUGGCAAGACAGCGGGCAUCGAGUCGUCUGGCAAGACUGCGGGCACCGAGUCGUCUGGCAAGACUGGGGGCACCGAGUCGUCUGGCAAGACUGGGGGCACCGAGUCGUCUGGCAAGACUGCGGGCACCGAGUCGUCUGGCAAGACUGCGGGCACCGAGUCGUCUGGCAAGACUGCGGGCACCGAGUCGUCUGGCAAGACAGUGGGCUCCGAGUCAACAGGCACGACAGUGGGCACCGGGUCAUCAGGUAUUGGAUUGUCUGGCUCGACAGCGGGCAUCGGGUCACCAGGCAUCAGGUCAUUUGGCUUGCCAGCGGGCACCGCGUCAUCUGGCAAGGCAGUGGGCACCGGGUCACCAGGUAUGACAGCGGGCUCUGAGUCAAUUGGCACGACAGCGGGCACUGGAUCAGGUACCGGAUCAUCUGGAUCAACAGCGGGGCAUCGAGUCAACUGG